UCUGCGUCGACCGUAGUAGUACGCAUCGCUGGGGGUGCACGAUGCAGGCGACGCUCUUCACGGCGCUCUUGCUGGUCAUCUCUGCGGCCGUGACAAAUUCGCGCGGCUGGGUUGCCUCGUCACAGGCUGAACACAAGAAUGGAGGCGGCGAGGUUUUACUGGACACAGGCCUGUCGGAGGAGGACGAGCUGGGCUGCUUCGGCCGAAAGUGCGUGGCAAACAACCAGUGCUGCCGCGGCUCCGUUUGCGUCGACGUUGAUGGAUCAAAAGUGGGAACCUGCCUGCCGGUGUACGGCCAGCGCGAAGGUGAGACGUGCCAGCAGGACGCAGACUGUGAGCGAGGGCUGAGCUGCCUGCAGGCCGGACCAGGGGGCACUCGGCGCGUCUGCCAGCAGCGCAGCAGGGAGAUGCGCAAGAAGCAAUUCAAUGACGAAUGCCAGUCUUCGGACGAGUGUGACGCGUCCAGGGGUCUCUGCUGCCAGAUGCAACGAAGGCACCGCAUGGCACCGAGAAAGGUGUGCUAUUACUUCACGGACCCCAAGAGCUGCAUUGGCAGUGUAGCAGCAGCGCCUAUGAUGGACUUCUACUCACCGAGCUACAGGCCUUACAAGUCCAUGAGUUUCUUCCACAACCCGCUGUUCAAGGCUCGGAUGGGCUAGACGAGGCUGGUGCCGAUGUCUUCUCGCAGCCGUAACCCUAGCGUAGGCAACCCACCCACUCAGUCCGUGUCCGGACUGGCGAAAGCCACGGGGCUGCUACGAUCAUUUUGGCAUAAGCGACGCUCACAGUAGGCCCUUCAUUUGCUUAUGUUUUGAUUUCCGCCUACUAAGGACAUCAUCAGCUUCCUACGCCUUUGAACGAAUUAUGUUUCGGGAGAGAAACCUACUGGCACGUAUCUUUACUAAGAAUGACGUUGAUGCCGGCGGUAAACAUAUUUUUGUUCCCCUUGCAAAGACAUUUGUGGCCGGUGGUUUGCAGCACAGAAAGUGACCAUUUAUGAGGUCCGUUUCUCAGUAAAGGAAAUUGCGUACAAUUAUGAGUAAACUCGUCAUAGCUUAUGAGCAAUAACUAAUAAGAGCAGGCCUAAGGUACCUACAAAUAUGUUUUCUCGCAUUUGGGCUUGUUUUCUUCAUUGCAAGCAGCUAACAAGAGUAGGGAAGGCUGGAGUAACGCACGAGUCGCUAUUAAAGUUCCUAAAUAAUGUCAGAAACAUUCUACGUUAUGCGAAUAAGGAACACCGGGUAGAAAUAUGUCGGUAAUGUGUGUGGUGUUAAUAAGAUAAUGAUGAGCCAACCUUGCGCGUCAGCCGAGCAUGCGUAGAAUAAUGAUCCGCUUACACGAAAUCGACUACGUUUGAGAGCUAACAAGCGACACACUGCGCAAUGUUAGUGCUAUCACUGGGCAGCAGUUAGGUUGUUGAGUAGUAACCAGCGAAUACUAGUGCUUCUCUAUGUCUCUCUCUCAAGAAGUGAACAAUCAUAUUUAAUGCAGCCGCUGCGUGGCAAACUCGCAUUGCUAAGGCGAGCAGAGGCUGAGCCGGCCAUUAGUGCUACGAGCGCUUGAUCGCUGUUGUCAGUAUUUGGAAACGGUCCUUUUGAACGAUGUUAACUCUCAUAAGUCAGGCCUAAAUAGAGCAACUAAAGUAUUGCCUUUGUUGUGCUGAAGUACUCAAGGUCAAGGGUUGUGUUUCGGCUAAACAUUGGCCCUCCUCGCGUGCUCUAUAAAUACAUGUGCGCCUGCUUUCAUUCUUAGUACAGCGAGUUGUGCUUCAUCUAGGGCUAAAUCUGGCAGAAGAACAGCUAUGAGAGUGGCCGCGCACGCCUGGCUGACGAACACCUUGGAAAGCGGCAAAAGUGCCCUUGUUACAGUUCGUAUUACCGCAUACGAUGAGGCGCUUUAGCCGGCUACUACAAUUAUUUGGUUCUUCAUGCAGCACCUUUGCUUCAUAUAGAUAUCGCUUAAUUUUGUUGCUGUUCGGGUGCCUUUUUUAUUGAGAACAAUAUUUAAAGAAGCUGUUGAAAAUGGUGCAAUCGGUUAGACUUUGGUAUUUAUUUUUGUUCUGAUGUCAACUUCUAGUGGAUAGCAAAAUGAACAAUAAUGCGUGAAGAUAAGUAUUGCAAAUAGUUGUCAUCAUGGUUAUCCUCUAAGUAAGGAAAGAAUUCAUGGCUAAAUUUUAUCACGUCGUAGUCACUUAACACUAUAGAAAGCAACUUGCGCUUACGCUUAGCACUUUUCGCCUUAAAAGGCCAAAUAUCACUCUUUGAUUUACAUUGAAAUUAUUGCUAUAGGUCCCUUCAUAUUCCUGUAGUGCUUUCAAGAGGCAAUCACGAUCUUGAGGCAAAGCGCUUCGUCUCGGCCACACUUCCUAGUGCCACAAUAAAACUCCCGCAUCGUACAAGUUUUUCUUGCGGCGUACAAUCUCUCAGCAUUUCAUGUGGUGGAGAUGGGAAGACGCAGCAGGCAUUUUUGCCAUGCAAGGCGCAUUAGACAAUCAUAUCUCUCUUCAAUGUGCCCUGAAGUGUGACUUACACUCAUGUGCCCUGAAAUUGUUGUCAAUAUUUCACUAAAGUAGCAUGUUGAAAUAAAGCCCAUUCGCUUCA